AUGCAGUUCACUACCGUUCUCGUUUCGAUCUUGGCCACUGCCGUCAUCGCCAUUCCCACCGGGAACACUGGCGGCGGCUCUGCUCCCUAUGUUGCUUGCCCUUCUGGUCUCUACAGCAACCUUCAGUGCUGUGCCACGGAUGUUCUGGGAGUUGCUAAUCUUGACUGCGCUUCUCCCACCACGGUGCCGACUUCGGCCAGCGACUUCAGAAGCAUCUGUGCCAAGGGUGGUCAACGUGCCCGCUGCUGUGCUAUUCCCGUCCUCAAGCAGGCUGUCCUCUGCGAGACUCCUGUUGGUGUUUAG